AUGUCCAACAGCUUACCCGAAGAGGUUGUAACAUGCCUCCAGAAUGCCCGCUUUCUUCAUCUUGCAACAUGCUCGGAUAACAUUCCUCAUGUUUCCCUCAUGAACUACACAUAUCUACCUAACACGCCUUACUCUUCAAGUCCAAUCAUUAUCAUGACAACACCGGCAUCAUCCCGCAAGACUCAGAAUCUGGAAUCGAACUCGCUUGUGUCUCUAUUGGUGCACGACUGGAUAUCUCAUCGGCCACCCACUCUAAGUCAGCCAGGCCGCUCCCCUUCACCAACCCGCCCAGCACCCCGGUCUGGAUCACUGGCCGAGCUUCUUCUCGGCAUGAACACAGCCUCAUUGAGUCGAAUCAGCACUACUAUCAAUGGCGUUGCUGAGAUGGUUCCCUCUGGGUCGGAGCAAGAGACAUGGUACAAGGCUCAACACGUUGCAAACAAUACCUUUAGCGAUGGUACAGAGGACAUCUAUUCGACUUCGCCAGGCGGAGAGGGCUUGUGGGGUAGUGGCGGGCUAGGCAAUGGAGCUGCAAGUGGAGACGCGCCAAGAGAGGGUAAUGCAGGGGCACAAUGCUAUCUGGACGGAGAAGAAGUCAGGGUUGUCAUUGUAAAGAUCCGUGACGGAAGAAUUGCAGACUGGAAAGGCCAAGUGCGAGAUUGGAGAUUGUCAGAAGGCACCCAAGGUGCUCUACCCAAUGGAACGGCAGAUUGA